CUUGGCUUCACACAGCUAUGGACCACAGUGACAAUGAUAUGCAGGGGACGGAGGGUACCUUAUGUGGUCCUGAUGUCAGAAGAAGGAUCCCCAUCAAACUUCUUCCCAAACAGGCCAGGAAUAAACCUGCCCCUCGACCACAGAGACCAGCUGGACGUUUACCUUCCAAAACCCAUUCUGUAGAUGAAGAAGGCUUUAACUACAAGCAAGAAGAAAGAUUUGACAGUGGCACCAAAUCAGGAGAUGCGUUUGCAAGCCAACGACGGUUCCCCCAGCAGCUCUUCUGGGACUUUAAGCUGCGCUUGAUUGGUGAAAAGGAUGAUAUCCCAGUUCAUUUCUGUGACAAAUGUGGAUUACCAAUUAAAACAUACGGCCGUAUGAUCCCAUGUAAGCAUGUUUUCUGUCACGAGUGUGCACUGCAUCAUGAAAGGAAGGGUGAUAAGAUGUGCCCUGGUCUCAACAUGUACAGCUGUACAGAUCCGGUGCAGCGGAUUGAACAAUGCCUGCGUGGCUCUCUCUACAUGUGUAGUAUUGUUCAGGGAUGUAAACGCACCUAUCUCUCUCAGAGAGACCUGCAGGCCCACAUUAACCACAGACACAUUAGAGCGGGCAAGGCCUCCAGCAGCCGCUCUGACUCUCUUCAUCUCCCUCCCAGCUCGGAGGUGCCCGAGCGUUUCCGUGUGCCACCUCCUCACCUGCCCCCACCCCACCUGGCCAAGCCCCAUGUUGGCCCACCCCCAAUGUCUCAUGGUGGACAUGACCCGUACAGCCAGCCUCCCCCUUCCUCCCAUGAUGAUCAUCGACCUCCACCGGGCCAGCCUCCGGCUGGAGACAUGGGACCACCCCGCUCUCUUUCUCAGGAGACCUUCCGCAUCUCAACGGUUACAACACGGAAGCACAGCAACCUCAUUACGGUUCCAAUCCACGACGAUUCGGGAAGCUCCGGCCCCUCGCGUGAGCCGCUUCCCCAGCCUGGCAAUGCCCCGCCUCCUCACCAUCACCCUGGAGACUAUCCAGGCCAUCCACAUCACAUGAUGGGUCCGCCUCAGCAACACUACGGGCCUCCACCUCCUCCACCUAUCAGUCACCCCAUGCCUCACCCAGGGCAGGGUUCUAACACACCUCACAUGGUUUUUAACCAAGCGCCCCCUCCUCUGUCAUCAGUUCCUCCUCCCAUCACCCCACCUCCCGGACACCUCCUUGGCCAGAUGCCCCCAUUUAUGAACCAUCCUCCACCGGGGCCGCCUCCUCAACAUGGUGGCCCCCCUGUGAAUGCCCCACCCCCCCAUCAUUACAAUCCCCAGUUUCCCGAGGACAAGAGCACUCUCAGUCCACCAUUUAACCAGCCUGGGGGGUUGAGUCCAGGGAUGUGGCCAGCUCCCAGGGGUCCCCCUCCCCGAUUGCAGGGUCCCCCACAGGGACAGAUGCCUGGGCCACAUCACCCUGAUCAGGGUCGCUAUAGACCGUAUUACCAGUAAUAAAGUGUCUAUUUUUUUUUUUUUUAUAAAGUGAUUCCUUAAACUGGCAGGGAUUUGAAUGGUCAUUUAUGGUCUAAAGUUAUUCACUGUAUAGUGGGGAUCAGUGUUUUAAAAUCUUGUGGCUGUCACUGUCAGAUAUUUGAACAUUUACUUUUUAAUAAAAGCCCAUACAUGCUGCAUUCUAGGGGCUUGUAUUGAUUUUUGAAUGUGUUGUUUCUUGAAUGUAAUCAAAAUUAAAUGUACUAAUCAUA